AUGGCAAUUUCAAGCACACAGCUAAAAGAGCUUCUAAACUACAAAUUUGUUGGCGUGGAUGAAUCAUUCUUGUACUACCACUGCCAGAUUAAAUAUUGGGACAGACUUCUGCAGUAUAUUCCUGCGUGGAUAGCGCCCAAUACAAUUACGCUUAUAGGGUUUAUUGCUAUGGCCAUGCAGGCAGGGCUUGUAUGGUACUUUGACUCAGAAAUGUCUGGCAACGUUCGGUGGCUUCCGGCUGUAUCUGCUAUUGUCAUGUGGUUUUACUCCACAAUGGACUGUCUAGACGGAAUGCAGGCUAGGAAAACCGGUGCCAAAUCACCAUUAGGCCAACUGUUUGAUCAUGGAGUUGACUCAAUUGUAUGCACCUUUAUUAUAUACUGCAUAUCCUCUGCUGUUGGCCUCCGCGAAAAAAAGAAUAUGUUCUUCAUUCUUCUAUGUGCACACUCUAUUUUCUACUGGGUGACUAUCAAAGAGUACUAUACAAAGGUAUUCUAUCUUGGGCUCAUUGGGCCAACCGAAUCGAUUGCACUUGGCUGUAUUUUUUUACUUGCCAUAAGUGCAAUAGGCAAAGAAAGACUGCUUUUCUUCCACCCAUGGAUUAAAAAUAACCUGUCCAUAAUUGUUAAGAUAGCAAGUUUCGUUAUAGGACUCGUUGCAACCAUAUACUAUAUUGUUCAUAUUGCGCUAGUAACAGGAUUCUCCCUGCAGGCAGAGCAGCUAUCGAUGAAGUAUAUAAAAAUCUUCCCACAUAUGAUUUUUAUUCUCAUACAAUUGCUUACAAUAGCUUCUGUUUUAAACACUGAUAGCAUAGAAAGCUCCCUCGUGUUCUAUCCCUAUCUCUCUAUCAUCACUGCGAACUUCUCUCUGUUCACUACUUGGACUAUUUUCUCGCACCAGCUAUCAAUGUAUAUCCAGAUUCCAAUUACAUGCACUCUUCUAUUGCUAAUGGCUAAUUUGGUGUUAGUAUUCAUGCCAUCUAAAAAAACACCUAUAUUUAUCCAUAUGCUCACAGGGCUCUCGCUAAUUGAAUACUUUUUAACAAUUAAGAGCAUCAUAUCCGGAUGUUUGUCUGUUUUAAACAUACCAUUCUUCUUUAACAAUUAUCCAAAAAGCUCUUAA